UCGACUCCCGACUGUAGCAGUGGUCCCACCUCGCACCGAAGCCCUACUCCCUCCUCGGACUCGACAGACCCGCGUCGGCACCGGCGCCGGCGAGUCCUGGGCGAGCAGGGGCGCGGUCGCUCACCGGAGAGCCGAGAGAUAGAAAACCCUAGGUAGGUAGCUAACUAACUAGAGAGAGCUGCCUCGUCUGCUCCUUCCCGCGGCGGCGAGAGCGAGGAGGAGGGAGGCGAUGGGGACCAUGACGAUCGGCGCCAAGUACAAGACCACGCUCAAGGAUCCGGGAACCACCGGCGUGCUCCGCAUGAAUGAAGAUAAGUUGGCUUUUAUUCCUAAUGACCCACGCUCACUCAUGAAGCUCAAUGUCGAUUUCCGAACCAUCAAAGGUCACAAGUUCAACAAAGUAGAUGGUAGCAAACCAACACCACCGUUGUUGAAUCUUUCAAAAGAUUCUGACAAGGGAGGGGGCUACAUGUUUGAGUUUGACAAUGUUGGCAACCGUGAUUUGUGUCGUGACUUUGUAGCUAGAGUUUUAGGCAAACAUCAAGGCAUCGUGCCCCCUAGACCAAAUGCACCUCCUGAAAAAUCAGUUGCAGCAGCUGGUCCAGAACAGCUCAGUUCUGCUGAAAUGGAACGGCGGAUGAAAUUGCUGCGAGAAGACAGUGAAUUGCAGAAGUUGCAUAAGAAGUUUGUUCUUGGCAAUAUUCUGCAAGAGUCUGAAUUUUGGGCAACAAGAAAGAAUUUGCUUGACGAUGAAGCAAACACAGCAUCAAAACAAAAGCCAGGUUUCAGAAGUGUCAUGCUAGCUGAUGUUAGACCGUCAGCUGAUGGACAGACAAACAAGGUUACUUUCAGUCUCACUAAUGAGAUUAUCCAUCAGAUCUUUGCAGAAAAGCCAGCUGUCCAUCGGGCAUUUUUAGAUUAUGUUCCAAAGAAGUUGUCAGAAAAAGAUUUUUGGACAAAAUACUGUAGAGCUGAGUAUCUACUUAGGACAAAAAAUACUUUAGCGGCAAAAGCUGAGGCUGCUGAUGAUGAGGAAUUAGCAAUCUUCUUGAGAAAUGAUGAUAUAGUUGCCAAGGAGGCAAAGCUCAAGAUAAAACGAGUUGAUCCAACAUUAGAUAUGGAGGCAGAUGCUGGAGAUGACUACAUCCAUCUUCCGGAUCAUGGGAUUCUCCGUGAUGGCAGCAGAGAGACAACUGAUACUGAUAGUGAAUUGGCUAGGAGAACGCUUUCUCAGGACCUGAAUCGGCAUGCUGCUGUUGUUCUUGAAGGGAGAAAAACAGAUGUCGAAAUAGCUGAUGCAAAGACAGUGGCUGAAGCACUUGCAAGGUCCAAGACGGAAACACCUUGUAGUUCAAUUGCUGAUGAUGCUAGUCAUGAGAGAUUGUUAAAGGUGGCCCGCAUGACUGAGAUAGAGGAUCUGCAAGCUCCACGAAGUCUCCCAUAUGCACCACUUUGUAUCAAGGAUCCUCGAGAGUAUUUUGAUUCGCAGCAAGCAAAUCCUCUGAGACCAUUAGGUGGUGAUGGAAGAAAGGCCCGCAGCUGCAGCCUGAGCACAGAUGACGCAUUCCGCCAUUUGAUGGAUCAAAUAUCUUCGGUCAAAGUUAAUAAAUUGAGCUGUCCGGUUGUUCAGUCAAAUGUGGCCCUUAAGGUUCUUAAUGAAUUGAACGAAGGAAUUUCACGUUCAAGAAGGCUUAACCUUAAGAAUCCCCAAGACAGUCUCCUUGGUCGUCUUCCUCACCGCACACGAGAUGAACUUAUGGAUCAUUGGACGGCUAUCCAGGAGUUACUGCGCCAUUUUUGGUCAUCGUAUCCUAUAACAACCACAGUCCUUUAUAAUAAGAUUCAAAGGGUUAAGGAUGCAAUGACACAGAUAUAUCAGAAGUUGCAGGAUAUAAAGGAAUCAGCACAACCUGAUGUAAGGCAUGAAAUAUCUCAGCUAGUAAAGCCUAUGACACAGGCACUUGAUGCUGCCUUCAACCAUGACCUGGAGCAGCAGCAGAAAUCUUCGAAGACUGGUAACAAGCCUAACGGGUUUUGAGCAGGGAUCGUCAGUUAUAAUGGUUUUGAGCGAGGUUCGCCCGUGGGCUAUAUAUCUGGCCUUGCUGUCCCAUUUUUAGGAGGCGCUCUCGGAGGCUUAAUUUUGCUAUGCAUUGCAUGUGAGCUUUAUUGCUGCUAGCGAAUAGCAUGAUGUAUUACAUGCCAAUUUUGCAAUUCUUCUGUUCAUAUGAGGCAUGUUUUGGAGGACAGUUGUUACUCCUCCGGCGUUGUUUUGUGCUUCAAGCGUUACCGGUCCGUUACAUUCUACCCUUGCGGUGCUGUCUAAAAAAAACCAAUACUCCUGCCUUGCAAUUUGCAAAUGGUUAUAAAGAGAUCCCUGUGGAAAAAAUUGGCUACA